AUGGAAAAGAAGGAUGUGAAAGUACGAUCCACAGAUCCCGUGGGAGCGCGACCAUCUGAAGAGGUUAUCAAUGCUUCUGGACAUGGGACAGGAGCUGGAGCGCAACUUCAACUUAAUGAGUAUGAGUAUUUGCGCCAUCGGGAUCACGAGGGAAACACAUGGAUUGCAAUGGGUGGCAGUAUUGCAUGUUGUUGCAAGUUUGGCGGAAAUAUAUAUUCUGAUAUUGAUUGGCAUAAACCAGAACAUCGCCAUUUUUAA